AUGAUGGGGGAAUGUAAUACAUCCCGAAAUCAUAAGACCCAAAUCCUUUCAUGGGACUCCGGAAACGUCGUUGAGAAAGCGUUGUUUUACCCGUUCUUUUUUCGAAUUUCUUCGAGAUCCACUACCACUGGAUUUGCUCACUUUUGUACGUGGAAUGAAGAGUUUGGCUCAAGUGCUUUUGUGCACAAUUUGCAUUCUACCAGGGUGUCCAAGCUUGCAGAAUUUGAAACGGAAGCUGCUGAUUCAGUGAAUAAAGCUAUGCUAGAAGCAUUGGAGAAGAUACAAGUCAAUAUUGCAAAAAGGGCUGGUAAGAUAAAUUGGUCUAAAAUUGAAGUAAAAAAAAAAGACGACUCCCAACCAGUCGUAUUGCUCCCCAUGCCAAUUGUUUGGCCCAAAACAUCACCAGCCUUGAACACAAACCUGACUUUCGACACGCCGUGGCUCUCCGCCGCUCAAGUGGCCACCAAGAAAAGUGACCCCGUCGUGAAAAGGAAUAAGGACAGCGAACAGAUUUCCGCUAGCACACUUGUCGCCUCGCGACCUAGCGUGGUCGAUCCACGGUUGGCUACGUUCUUGGAACGCUUUGACAACGCCGAAUGGCGAUUGCAAGCCCUGCAGGCCAAAAACGCCGAACUCCAAGCCAAAGUGCAGGAAGCCGAACGGCAAAAACGCGCCAUGCAACAGUUGGCCAGACGCCGUUUGUCCCAAAGUGUUGUGAAUGUGGCAGGAGUAGCGAUCGUAGGGAAGCGUCCCAAAAAUAUGGCGUGGGUGACUUUGCGAGCUCGUCGGCAUGCAGGGACGACGUUGCACCACCACUGCAACAGUAGCCGAUUCCUCUGUACCGAUCGUGUUGUAAUCGAGGAAAGGACAAUGACUCUGAAUCCAAGGAAUCGUCCGAACCGUCAUAGGUUCCUUUGCGAAUACAUAUCUGAUGUGGAUGCGUGCGGUCGUCGUCGCUGGAACCGGACAAAUCCACGGUCCAUACGGGCCGUCGCGAAGUCAAGACGCACUGUGUGUGCGACUGCUGUCGUUGCUCCUCUCCUUCGGAUACGUGAGCAGGAUCUCGCACAUUCUCUCCUUUCGAAAGGAUUCCUAUCCCGGGCAGUCUCCAGGCGCAUACCCCACGAGCGAGACACAAUUCGUCCAGCGAUGGUAAAGUUGGCAAGCCUUCCGCACGGCAUGGGUACAACAUGGAGUCGAGGAAAGGUUGUUGAAGUUGUUCCAAAACACCGAUCCUGUGGAGAGCUUGAACGGUGUUCACGUAUCUAG